UUCGCGGAUCUGACACUGAAGAUCUGAUUACAGAUGUUUAUACAUGAUAUGUGCAGUUUAUUAGGUGAUCACAUUUUCUGCAAGAACCAUUUUAAAUGUAAAUUUCAAGAAAAAAAAUGUCCGUAUUGCUCAAAAUACCUUUCAAAACAUUUCUGAUUGUUACAUCUUUACUUCCACUGACAGCGUUUUUCUUUUGCGUACUAUGGUCUCUUAUGUUUAAUUUUGAAGACUCUACCAGCACUCACUGCCUAGUGCGUAACUAUUUACCAUCCAUAAGCAAUGCUGUUGGCGGAUAUUCUCCACAGAAAUAUAUAUGGCGUAUGAGUAUAGCAUUGCACAGCACUCCCCGAUUUUUAAUAGCGUUGAUGUACUAUAAUAACUUUCAUUAUGCAUCUUCAAGAGAAAUAUAUAGUUAUUUGCAUACAUUAACUUUUCUUCUGUUAAUAUUUCAAUGCACUGAAAUAUUUAGUCUGAUGGGUUUAACUUAUAUAUCAUCUUCAGAAGAUUUUCCAAAGCAUCAGAAAUUAUUUGUUUCUUUUGUAAUAUCAGCUCUUUUAUCAAUGAUGAUAUUAUACAUACUAUUGAAGCAUAAUAUUUCUGCACAACAUUCAAGAUGUGAUAGAAAGUCAAUGAGAUUCAAAUUUACAUUGCUAACUGUAAAUUUUGUAACCUUUUGCUUGUCUGUAUACUUUUAUCUGAGACAUAACUGGUAUUGUGAACCUGGUUUAUACACUCUCUUUGCUUUGUCAGAAUAUCUUGUUGUUUUGUCUAACAUAGGUUAUCAUGUUACUUCUAUUUGGGAUUUUCCUAGUCAAUCUAUAAUUGUUACCUCGUAGAAAAUGUUAUGGUGAAAUUGACAUCCUAAAUCCAAGAAUCACUUACAAAUUACACAUUAAAGGCUAUUUGGAGGAGUCUAGUAGAAUUUCUUAAGUUUUUUGCAUAUUAUGCUAUGAUUUUUCAUGGUGGUUACAGUUUUAAGUAAUUGAAAAUUUAAUAUAUGUCACCAACCCGGUAGCAGAAAUUGUGAGAUGCGAGACGUAUGUCGCAGAUUUUUCAACAGCCUGCAGAUAAUUUUACCAAAGAACAAAAAGAAAGAAUGAAAAAAUAAAUAAAUAAUAAGAAAAAAAUAAUAAAUACAA